AUGGCGAAAGGUAGCCUUGCGGAACCCUCGCAGACGGGGGCACUCAGCGUGACCCCCACUGGGGGCCGGUCAGCGGAAACAAGGGUUCCCGAGGCGUCAGACCAAAGAGACCACUUGAAAGAGAAAGCCCGAGCAGAAGCUGGGUCCGCAAGAAUGUCGCUCCUUAUAUUGGUGUCCGUUUUUUUAUCUGCAGCUUUUGUUAUGUUUUUGGUAUAUAAAAAUUUUCCCCAGCUUAGUGAAGAAGAAAGAGUGACUAUGAAGGUUCCCAGAGAUAUGGAUGAUGCCAAGGCUCUAGGAAAAGUUUUAUCCAAAUAUAAGGACACCUUUUAUGUACAAGUACUUGUAGCGUAUUUUGCUACAUAUAUUUUCUUGCAAACAUUUGCAAUCCCGGGCUCUAUAUUUCUCAGUAUCCUCUCAGGAUUUCUUUAUCCCUUUCCAUUAGCCUUAUUUCUUGUUUGUUUGUGCUCUGGACUUGGUGCCUCUUUCUGCUAUAUGCUCUCCUAUUUAGUUGGAAGGCCAGUAGUAUACAAAUACCUAACAGAGAAAGCAGUCAAAUGGUCACAGCAGGUUGAACGUCAUAGAGAACAUCUUAUUAACUACAUUAUAUUUUUAAGAAUAACACCAUUUUUGCCUAAUUGGUUUAUUAAUAUUACUUCUCCUGUGAUAAAUGUACCACUGAAAGUGUUUUUUAUUGGCACUUUUCUAGGUGUUGCACCUCCCUCUUUUAUAGCUAUCAAAGCAGGAACUACCUUAUACCAACUUACAACAGCAGGGGAAGCUGUUUCCUGGUACUCAGUUUUUGUUCUGAUGAUUUUGUCUGUGGUUUCCAUCUUGCCAGCUGUUUUUCAGAAAAAACUAAAACAGAAAUUUGAGUAA